AUGCUGGUGCCGCCGCCCAACUAUGGCAUGGUCGAGGAAAACUUUUAUCGCUCUGGCCAACCGGACCAGCUCAACUUUCCCUUCCUCGAAAAGCUCGGUCUGAAGAGCGUCAUCUGGCUAGCUCCCGAAGAGCCUGAACCUGGCUUCCUCGACUUUUGCAUAGAUCAAAACAUCGAGCUCCACCACCUCGGCGUACUAUACUCGACCAAUGCGUGGGACCCCAUCACAGAAGAGGUCGUGCUACAGGCCUUGCACCUCCUCGUUCAGCCUGCAACCUAUCCUGUGCUAGUCAUGUGCAAUCUCGGUCGUCACCGAACAGGUACCGUCGUCGGCUGCUUCCGCAAGCUGCAGAGAUGGAACCUCAGCGCCAUUCUUGAGGAGUAUCGAAGGUUCGUUGGUGGCCAAAAAUACCGUAUCCUCAACGAGCAGUUUAUCGAACUAUUUGAUGAAGAGCUCGUCUUUGGUGCCAGCUAUUGA